GACAGGAACGAAAUCAAGUGUAAGCUAAUUACAACUAAAGUUGAAGCUGAAUCCGCGUCGCAUCGCAUCGUGUCGCUUCGGCACUGGUAGCCGAGCAGCAGGUCCUGUCGGCUAAGCAUUUAAGGUUUCAGUCCGUUUUUGGCCCUCGGUUCAAAUGGAUCACGAAUCGCAAAGAACAAUUUGGACAAUUAAUACCGAAGCUAGCGCGAGUCUUUUACGUAUUUUGAGUGGCCAAUGCCAAUGUGAUAAAAGGUGGAAUCACUAACUACAAAUACAAAUACAAAAAGUGGAGUAGUUGGCAAGGACAUGUUGCCGGAAACCAAGUCUUUGACGUGCCAAAGGUGCUGUGUUGAGAUAAGAAUAAGCGAGUCCUUCGCUGUUCAUGGCGUUGAUGAAGAUGAUGUCAUCCGUGCGUGAUUCGCCUCGAAGUGAAACCGAAAGUGAAAGUGAAUGUGUUGCUAGCCUAACUAUUUCGGCUUUUGGCAACCAAUGAGUAAUUUGUUUUUGGCCUAGCCACGCCUCUUUGGGACGCUGUUAUGUGUCAUUAUCCUGGUGAACCUAAGUGAAUAACGCAAUUAUCGCAAAUCGAAAGAUAUCGGCAAUCAUUUAAGGGAUUACGUCGCCUUGCAAAAAUACUCAUAAAUCGCAACUACUCACGCAAAAAGGAUCAAAGGACACAAUAUUAAAUCUCAUACGUAACAUGGAUAUAUUCAUAUUGUUUUGCUGUCUGCUUCAGCUGGCAAGAAUUGCAGCUGCAGUCUUUGGAGUCGUGGAGCUGGAGAAUUCCUCAACAGCCAGCAUCGAUAUAUUGCCUCGUGAUCUAACGUCGCCGCUAACCCUGACGCCGUCGACGCCGUCGAUAACGCAUUUUGUUAAUGACUCCUUCAUCAUAUUUUGCAAAACACAGCAUACGAGUAUUGACACCAAGUGGCGUGAUCCCAGGGGCCAGACCCGUGAAAAUACCAAAGGCCGCGUGCACAUUGAAAGGAAGACGGGUCAACUCGCCCUUGUCUUUGAACACAUUUUACUUGACGACAAGGGCAACUGGACCUGCGAAACGGAAUCGACUGCGGCACGAGAACCACGAAAAUCCUUUGAGCUUCUUGUCAAUCAAAAAAUUUCUUUUGACAAGACGGAGCAAGUGCAAUCGGUGCGCGAGGGACGCGACGCUUUGGUGAAUUGCUUCGUGCACGGUCAACCUGUACCAGAAGUCUCCUGGCUGCACAAUGGCGAAUACAUUAAUACUGGCAACUCCUCCAAACACAAACGGCUCUCCGAUGGACUUUUCAUCAAGAAUGUUAGCCAAUCGGAUGCAGGAGAAUAUACAUGUCGAGCCAUGAGAAUAACACCUACUUUUUCGGAUUCGGAUCAAAUAACGAUACUGCUGCGGAUACAGCACAAGCCUCAGUGGUUCUACAAUGAAACGUUGCCGAUGCAAUAUGCCUAUGUGGGUGGCUCCGUUAAUCUAAGCUGCGAUGCGAUGGGUGAACCACCGCCAUCAUUUACGUGGCUGCACAAUGGCAAAGGAAUUGUGGGUUUCAAUCAUCGCAUCUUCAUGGCCGACUAUGGAGCAACGCUGCAGCUGAAUAUACGCAACAUCAGCCAAUUCGGGGACUACAAGUGCAAGGUGGCUAAUCCUCUCGGCAUGCUCGAGCGGGUCAUUAAGUUGCGCCUUGGCGCCAAACCCAUUGGACCCACACGCUUCCAACUCAAGCGGCUCUAUCCGGAUGGCUUCGAGUUGGAUUUACGUACGCCACGUAUGGCCAAUGUCUCAGACGAGAUGCAAAUCUAUGGAUAUCGUGUUGCCUACAUAAGUGAAAGUGAUUUCAAAUACAGCGCCGGCAAUUGGAGUCAUGCCAAGCAGAGGGAUUUCUCCUUUCAUCGUGGCCAUCGUUUCAUCAUACCCCAUCUGGAGGCUAAUACGACAUAUUUAUUGCGCGCUGCCUCACGGAAUCUGGCCGGACUCAGCGAUUGGAGCAAUGUGAAGAUUUUUGCUACAGCAGCUGCAGCUUCGCUCUGGAAUCCCUAUAGAUGGUGCUACUGCGUUUUGUUAGGACUGGCUUUGUUUUGGCGCUAGAUA